GUUGGCAGACUCCCAGCUAGGCGGCAGUCUGGUUGAUUUGCGUUCGAAACUGCAGUGCAUUCCGAAUUCCCGAGUUCCUUGCUGUUUUAAAGUGUUUUUAGAUUUUACUUUUGUCCAUUUUUUAUUCUGCAAGAGUAAGAGAUCAUUAUCGAUUACUGUUAUAAUUCCUUUUGAGUAGCUUGUCUUUCUUUGCGCCUGGAUCGACCCUAUUCCCCCCGUCUCGGGCUCCGGUAUCGCUGCGUACUUCAGCGCUGCAUCGCCGUCGCGCUGCAGAAAAUGUCGGAAUCCGCAGCGCCCGACGACUGCGGCUGUGCGGGUCGCGAGCCGUUCGUCAGCUCUGGCGAUCUAUGGCAGCGUUGCAGCUACCAUUUCUCCGAUUGCCCGCGGCGGCCUCCCACAAACUGUUUUCGCAGACUGGCCCCCCUCGACCUUCCCCCGCUCACCACCUUCUCCCCCGGCGCCGUCCUGCCCCUGGAGCUCUGGCAGCUGAUCAUCUCCUACCUGGCCUCCAACGACGCGUACCUCUUCGCCCUCCUGGAGGCCUCCCCCGCCUUCACCCCCCUCCUGCCCCGUCGCCUGGCCGCCGCCCUGGCCGAUUACAAAUUCUACGUGACGGCGCUGGCCCGCCGCGGUCUGCUGUCGGAGCGAGUCGCGCCGCCGGGGGGAACGUGGAGGUGGCGGGCCAUCUACAAACACACGGUGGACAGUCUGGCGUGCUUCCACUGCUUCCUGCGCCUGGCCCCCUCACCCGAGUAUCCCGGCGUCCGCCCUAUGGUGCCGCAGCGGAUCAUCCGGGAGAUGGAGCGGAUCGGGCGGCCGUUGGGCCCCGCUGCGCAUCUCAUCCGACAGAGCCACUCGGCACGCGGCGCCCUCCGCCGGCCCGACAUCCUCAACAUCCAGCUGUGCAACGCCGACCCGGCCCUCCCGGCCGACCAGCAACCCAUCAGCCACGCCGUCAUCACCUUUCUCGGUCAGCACGGCACCCCCUACCUGGGCGGCCGCUUCCGACUCCUCCUGCACUUCCCCAAGACCUACCCCGUGGACGCCUACCACGCCCAGUUAUUAACCAAGAUCUACAGUCCCUUCUUCGCGCCCCACGGCGACUUCUACUUCCCCUACACGAAGCGGAAGGACAUUCAGUUGUACGACGGGAAUCAUUGGUCGUGUGUGCGCGGACCGGAGUUUGUGGUGGAAUUGGUCGGGCGGUAUUUGGCGUUGGAUGUGACGGUGCUGGAGGAGGGGCAGCUGCGCCCCGGGAGUGUCGCCUGUGGGCGGGUGGUCAAUCCGCAGGCGUGGGAGCUGUGGAAGAAGGACCGGGAGCUGUUUGACCACGUGGCGAGGCGGUUCACUCACGAAUACGCCAUUUAUCAUUAUUAACUAAAGGUCAGUACUAUAGUACUAUUUUGUGUAAUUUUUUUCCAGAAAUUUUUAUGGGUUUUUUUCUGUAAUUUUUCGCAGCUUUCUGUUUAUUUGUUAUGCCAAUUUUUCGUUUAUAUUUUGUCAUUUUUUAUUAAGUUUUAUUUCGU